AUGAGCGAUGGGAACGAGGCCGAACAUCCUCCAGAGCGCUUUCAACCACCAAAAGUCCAUGAGACGACCAACCUCCCAGGGUUGACCCUUGGGAAGUUGGAAGACGAGAAGAGCAUGACACCCUUAAGCCUUAACAAACAGUGUUUUAAAACACCUGUGACGGAUCCGGUGGCAAAGUCGAUGAAACAACAGAAACUCAAGGCAGAGAGAAGAGGUUUCUGGAAUUCGUGGAUUUCCCCAGGAGACAGUGACAGAAUACAGGUCUGGAGACCUCGAAGCGAGAAUUGUUUUGUGUCAGCCUCUCGCUUUCUUGCACUUGCACCAGGCUCGGCGUGCCGAAUUGGGUGGUUCCACUGGUUCAAACAUGGUGAGCUAUCAGGUUUUUCGCCAGACAUUGGGUCAAGGUUUGCUGGUCACAGACGCCACCGCAAGGCCAUUGGCUCUCCGUCGCAGGAGCUAGCAGGCUUUCAGGGGUUGGGACAGCAAGAACGGCGCCAGUGGAGCUCCCCAGGAACAAGCUUGAAUCGGAGAUCCAGCGCUGAUUCCUGGCUGGCUGCCAUGAAGGAUGGGUGUUGCUGGGUUGUUCCCCCCGUCCCCCGACCCGCAUCAUAUAAAACAAGAGCUUGA